GUAGCCAAUGUGCCGUGGAGGGCGGGGCUCCGUGUCUUUGGCACUCAGUUCGGUCAGGAGUCACGGGGAUCAUGAUGCGGAUCGGGCGGUUUGUGGCGGUCUCAGGCCGGCUCAGACAUUUCUCUUCUGCCGCGGCUGUGCCUCGGACAAAACUCUUCAUCAAUGGCCAAUUUCUUGAUUCCCAGACGUCGGAUUGGAUCGACAUCCAUAACCCAGCCACUAAUGAGGUGAUAGGCCGUGUUCCCCAGGCCACACAGAGCGAGAUGGAAGCCGCCAUCCGCGCAUGCGAGCGCACGUUUCCGGCCUGGUCUGAGACAUCCAUCCUGAACCGACAGCAGAUCUUCCUUCGUUACCAGCAGCUCAUUAAGGAUAAUUUGAAAGAACUGGCGCGUCUCAUCACGCUGGAGCAAGGGAAGACGUUGGCUGACGCUGAAGGAGACGUCUUCCGGGGGCUGCAGGUUGUGGAGCACGCGUGUAGCGUUACAUCUCUCAUGCUCGGGGAAACCUUGCCGUCUCUCACCAAGGACAUGGACACGUUCACCUUCCGCCUGCCUCUGGGCGUCUGCGCAGGAAUCGCUCCGUUUAACUUUCCCGCCAUGAUUCCGCUGUGGAUGUUCCCAAUGGCCAUGGUUUGUGGAAACACCUACCUGAUGAAGCCAUCAGAGAGAGUUCCUGGGGCUACCAUGCUGCUUGCCCGUCUGCUGCAGGACGCAGGGGCCCCUGACGGGACCCUAAACAUCAUUCAUGGGCAGCAUGCAGCUGUAAACUUUAUUUGCGAUCAUCCAGCCAUCCGCGCCAUCAGCUUCGUGGGCUCCAACCAGGCCGGCGAAUACAUCUAUGAGAGGGGGUCCCGAAACGGCAAGAAGGUGCAGUCCAACAUGGGUGCCAAGAAUCACGGGGUGGUUAUGCCAGACGCCAAUAAGGAAAACACUUUGAAUCAGCUUGUGGGGGCAGCGUUUGGCGCCGCCGGACAGCGCUGCAUGGCUUUAUCUACGGCCGUUUUAGUUGGAGAGGCAAGAAAAUGGCUGCCAGAGUUGGUUGAAAAGGCAAAGAAGCUCCGUGUUAACGCUGGGGAUCAGAGCGGGGCAGAUGUAGGACCUCUCAUUAGUCCAGCGGCCAAGGAGCGCGUGUGCAGUCUGGUGGAAAGCGGCGUUACGGAAGGGGCUUCCUUACUUCUAGACGGUCGCUCUGUCAAAGUAAAAGGCUUCGAAAACGGCAACUUUGUGGGGCCAACAAUCUUAGGAAAUGUAAAGACCGACAUGACCUGCUAUAAAGAGGAGAUCUUUGGGCCGGUUCUGGUGGUUCUGGAGGCAGAUACUCUGGAUGAAGCCAUAGAGAUUGUGAAUAAGAAUCCAUAUGGAAACGGCACGGCCAUCUUCACUACCAAUGGUGCGACCGCUCGGAAGUACACUCACCUCGUCGACGUGGGGCAGGUGGGUGUGAACGUGCCGAUCCCGGUACCACUGCCUAUGUUCUCAUUCACCGGAUCGCGUGCCUCCUUCCGAGGCGACUCAAACUUCUAUGGCAAACAGGGGAUAAAUUUCUACACUCAGCUAAAAACCGUUACUUCCCAAUGGAAGGAGGAAGAUGCCACUUUAACCAGUCCAGCGGUGGUGAUGCCAACCAUGGGCCGCUGACCUCUCCUCCCGCUGUAGCUGCAGCUCCGCGUACAAAUCCGUAGCCUUGCUGACAUUGUCUUCACUUCUACAAACUGCUAUUUCUUUCCUCUUUUUGAUUGACGUGCCAUGUAUUGAAUGUAUUUUCCAGCACCGGCCGCUUAAUGGACGCCGUCACAACCUCCUUCCCAUAACCCCAAUAAAGUAACUUAUGAUAGAAGCCUG